AUGCACUUCAUGAUUCAGAAUAUUGAGAAGACAGUUCUACUCUCUGAGCAUGUCAAUCUGCUUACUGCUGAGAUGGAACCUGAGACAGCAGAUCAGGAAAUGCGGGAUUUUGAGAUGCAGAUUGAUCUGGCUGAGAGAAAGCAGCAGAAACUCUUCUCUGAGAAGAUAGUGAAGAAAGAUUUUGAGAUGAUUAUCAUCUCAGAUGUGAAGAAGAAGAAGAAGAAGAAGAAGAAGAAGAAUGAGAAGUGA